CUCGCCGCGCGCCCGGACACAGUCAGUGCGCGGGCACGCGCCAGAGGCCACUCGGUCAAUUUAUCCAACAAGUGCACGUUCUUCUCCUCACACUCUCUGUCUUUGGGACCGGUCAGCAAAUUUUAUUUCUUUUGAAAUGACAGUCACGCACGUUAGUUACAUUGAAAAGACUGCAGGGGCGACUUGAGGAGCCUAUUGACAUAAACUUUAUUUGUUUAUUGACCAAACGCAGCAACUUCUAGGGAAUUGGGAAAAAUGGCGAUGUGCUUGUUAAAACGUUUGCGGCGUCCUAGCCGUUAAAGCAUAAGGUGUUAUUAUUUUACUUAGUUGUAAUUACUUUCAGAGUACAAGUUUGGUUAUUUGAUAUGUUAUUGGUGAGGUAAACAGUAGUCAACAAUAAGGUAAAGAGGUAGGGCGCGUGCUGGCGAAGAAAUCUGACAGAAAGUAAUGGAAAAUGACGAACCCGAAUCACCGGACCUGAGCCCUGCCAACACUCUGAGUAGACGAGGAACUCCAGGGCCUAAGAAAUCCCAUUUGACUCAGAUAGAAGUGAUCCCAUGUAAGAUCUGUGGAGAUAAGUCAUCAGGUGUUCAUUAUGGAGUUAUUACCUGUGAAGGUUGCAAGGGGUUUUUCCGCAGAAGUCAAUCCUCUAGUGUUCAGUACUCGUGCUCCAGGCAGAGUAACUGCCCCAUCGAUCGCGCCAGCCGCAACCGCUGCCAGAGCUGCCGACUCAAGAAAUGUGUCGCUCAGGGCAUGAGCCGUGAUGCUGUGAAGUUUGGCCGCAUGUCCAAGCGUCAGAGAGAUUCACUCAUUGCAGAAGUUGAGAGACACAGACAGCAGCAGCGUCUUCAGGCUAACUCUAUCCAAGAACCGCAGUCUCUUCUAGCCUACCGGCCCGGCAAAGAGCCCAGAGAACAGUCAUCCCAUCUCAUCCCCCCUCUCUCCUCACCAUACCACUAUUCCCCUAUUGAGCCCGACCUGUCAGGUUGCCCAGUAGAGGUUCAUCCUUAUCCGGGGUGCCACGUAGCUGAUUCCCAUGCUGCAGGUCUGGCCUAUAAAGUCACCCACAAGAAGGGUGAAAGCUUUAACUUGUUAACUGGGAGAGGGGUUGACUCCACAAGGUCUACACCAGAAGCCAUCUUAAACAUGCCAGGCAGUGAAAUGAGGUUUCAACCUUUUGACCCAGAGAGCUCAUUCUUUUCCUACCCGACCUCUCUGCACAUAGAGGAGCUAUGUGCAAGUAUUUUACGUUCCCACAGAGAGACGACUCAGUAUCGUCCAGAGGAGCUGCAGGGUCUCAGAUGGAAGGUUUUCAGCAGGGAGGAGAUCCAUGCCUACCAGAGCAAGUCAGUGGAUGAGAUGUGGCAGCAUUGUGCAGUACGGUUGACCGAUGCCGUUCAGUACGUGGUGGAGUUUGCCAAACAUAUCCCGGGAUUCCGUCAGCUCUGUCAGAAUGAUCAAAUCGCUCUGCUUAAAAGUGGAUCUAUGGAGGUGGUUUUGGUUCGGAUGAGUCGGAUGUUUAACACAGAAAACAACACAGUAUUUUUUGAUGGCAAAUUUGCUGGAACAGAACUUUUCAAGUCUCUCGCAUGUAGUGAUCUAAUAGCGAACGUGUUCGAUUUUGCUCACAAUCUGUGUAUGCUGAGACUGACAGAACAGCAGAUGGCAGUGUUUUCUGCUCUCGUCCUCCUCAAUGCAGAUCGGCCGUGUCUGGAAAACAGAGAGAGAGUUCAGAGAGCACGGAGAGAUGUGGAGCUUGCUCUUAAUCACAUUCUUCAUAGGGACAAUCAGGAAACUCUGCUGCAUAAGCUGUACCAGAGGAUGCCGCUGCUGAAGUCUCUGUGCUUGCUGCAUAUUGAGAAACUGCGAUGGUUUCGUCAACUGUAUCCGCUCACUGUACAUUCACUCUUUCCUCCGCUAUACAAAGAGCUGUUCGGCUCCGACACAGACAUCCAGACACUGGCUACUCACUGACACACAUUUGGUUAGCAGAUAGCUGCUGUUUGAAAUGAAUGGCGUAUGCAAUCAGGCUCUAAAUGUACUAUUUGAUAUAAAUAUAUUUUUGUUACGCUGACAAGAACAGAAUAUAAUGUUAACAGAUGUAUGCAAUCAAAGUUUAUAAAGACUUUUGUGCAAAUUCUAUUAGCAUAAAUGCUAUUAAGAUAAUAUUUUUGGUGCAGAGUUGCUUAUAUAUGGGGAUGUAUUUUAACUUUUGCUCUAAUGAGUAAAAUGCUGAUGAACCUUUUUUCAAAGCGUAAAUUGUUUUGAGACCCGAUCUGCUGUAUAAGAUUAAAGUAAAAUGUUGAUAUUUGCAAAUCUCGGAUUUAAACCAACAUUGUUUUUGUCAAUGCCUAGUUUGGACCAGGAAGAAGUUCUGACAUAAGUAAAUAUUGGAAUUAUUUACUUCAAUUGUACUUUUUAAUUCACAGGCAGUAUAGAUGGAGACAGGUGCUUGUCGACUUUUGCCAUGUAAAAUGAAACAUAAUACACUUAUUGCAUUAAUUUAAAUAUGGUCAACUGUUUUGACACCUUACGUGUCGCUGUUUUUGUACUUUUUUCCUCCACAAUUCCACUAAAGCUUGUCCUGGCACAUGUAAUCUUCAUAUUUCAAUAAUUUCACAUGGAUUUUAGAAGAAUUACAUGACUGUGAAGUGUGUUCUCACUGUGUUUUUUGUUUCAUUUUCAACUUUUCAUUGAGUUUAAUUUAAAAGUUGAAUAUUUGGUAAUAUUUAUGCUCAGAGUUUAAAAAAAAUUAGAGUACUUGAAAACUGACAAAUACUAUAAUGCUAUAUUAUAAACGAUGCUUAUUUUAGACAAUUCGAUGUACAACAGUUGUAUUUUGGUUUAAUGCAACUCUUAUAUUUGUAGAAAUCUUAAAAACUUCUCAAAUGUU